AAAACAAAAUGAGAGAAGUCAUAAAUGACCAAAAACAUAAAAAUCAUGACGACUUCCUUCGUUGAACACACAUUUCCAUUGUUCAACUCUCACACGUUCUAUUCCACCCAAUUAACCCUACUUUCACAUUCCCCUUUGUUAACUCGUACCAAUGGAUUUGGAAGCUGUGGCAGAGGCUGUUGAAAAUUCUGCUGAAAUAAUAUCAGCAGCAUGUGAAGGCAGUUCCAUUGAGGAGCCAAAUGUUGGGAUGGAGUUUCAGUCUGAAGAAGCUGCCAAGAACUUCUAUGAAGAAUAUGCGAGACGGGAAGGGUUCGUUGUGCGCCUUGAUCGCUGCCAUCGUUCUGAGGUUGACAAGCAAAUCAUUUCACGCCGUUUUUCGUGCAAUAAGCAAGGUUUUCAUGUGAGGGUACGAAAUAAAACCAAGCCUGUUCAUAAACCACGGGCUAGCAUAAGAGAAGGCUGUGAAGCUAUGAUGUAUGUUAAAGUUAAUACAUGCGGGAAGUGGGUGGUUACUAAAUUUGUGAAGGAACACAGUCAUCUGCUAAAUGCUUCUGCUUUGCCUUAUAAUUCACUGAUAGAGUCAAAGGAUAGGAUAAUUCAACAACUCGCAAAGGAACUUGAGCACCAAGAUCGAUUAUGUCAGCAUUAUCGCAGGCAGCUAUUCUCCCUUCUGGAAACUGUUGACGAACAAACAAAAUGUUUAUCAACAAAAGUUGAACUUGUUGUUAACACCGUAAAAAAACUUGAGAAUGAAGUACAAAAGCCUUUGAUUUGAACAUUGACUAACUUUCAGCCAGGUUUUGUUAGAAAGCAAAUUCUUUUGCUUCAACUUUUGAUAUUAACAUGGGUCUAAUGUAAAGGUUUGUUAACCAUUAAUAAUAAUGUCUGGUCUUGGGGAUGUUACAUUUAGUGCAUCUAGGCAAAUAUUUACUUUGCUGAUUUUUCAGUUAGGUAAAGAUUGAGAGGGGUUUGAUAAUUUUCUUUUCAUACAAAUAGAUCCUGAAAAUUGUCAAUGUAUAAUUAAGUACUGCAGACAGGAUUUUCUUUCAAAUCUUUUUUCUUGUACAUGAAUCUUGGAAACUAAACUUAAUAAAAUGUAGUUGAGAGAUCUCA